AUGUUCUCUCCAGAGAUGCUGAAGGCAGCCCAAGGCAUGAUGGCGAACAUGUCACCUGAGGACAUGCAAAAGAUGACCCAGAUGGCAGCCAACAUGGACCCUUCCGUGAUGGACAACAUGAUGAAGAAUAUGGGUGGCGCAGCACCCGGAGGCAUGGAUUCCAGCCAGAUGAAGGAACAGAUGCAAAGAAUAGGCCAGAUGAGUCCUGACGAGCUCAAGUCGAGUAUGAGCCAAGCACAAACGCAGAUGGGUGGCCAGAAGCAGUAUAUGUACAACGCCUCCAUGCAGCUGAAAAACGAAGGCAAUGACCACAUCAAGGCUCAGAAGUACUCCGAGGCGCUGGGAGUGUACAGUAAAGCGCUGGAGAACUUGAAGCCCUUUUCUGGAGAUGACAUCUCUCAGCUACGUCUAUCCUUGCUGCUGAACUCAGCUAUGUGCCAUUUGAAGCAGAACGAUCCAGCUCGGACUGUUGAA